AUGUUCCUCUUUUCCCGAAAGACCAAGACCCCCGUCAGCACCUACAGUGACUCCUACAGGGCCCCCACCUCCAUCAAGGAGGUCUACAAGGACCCACCUCUGUGGGCCUGGGAAGCCAACAAGUUUGUGACCCCGGGCCUGACUCAGACUGCACAGCGCCAUGUGGAUCCUGACGCCCUGCAGAAGAUGCUCAAGUGUGCUGGGCAGGACUACAGCUACAGGGGCUCCGUACCAAGCCACCCCUACUUCCCUGAGAAAUACUGGCUCUGUCCAGAGGAAGCAGACAAAUGCAACCCAAACUACCUGUGUGGCAACCCAAACUACCUGUGUGGCAACCCAAACUACCUGUGCAGUAACCGGUAUAACACGUGGAGGAUGGGGCCUUACAACUGCUGGAACAAAUGUACCACAUACCUUCCCCGGCUGCCUAAGGAGGCCGGGUUGGAGACAGUGGUUCGAGGAAUGCCCUUGGUGUAUCCUCCUAAGCCGGAGCGACUCAAUGCCUACGAGCGCGAGGUAGUGGUGAACAUGCUGAACUCGCUGUCACGAAACCAGCCGCUGCCGCAGAUCACGCCCCGCUGCGGGUGUGUGGACCCGCUGCCGGGCCGCCUGCCCUUUCAGGGCUAUGAGAGCACUUGCUCGGGCCGCCACUAUUGUCUGCGUGGGAUGGACUACAGCGUCUCCGGGCCACCCUGCACGGAACGCCGCCUGCGGCCUUUAUGCACAGAGCUGCCUACUGUAAGGAGUGUGUCUCCCUGCGAGCACCGACCCGGAAUGCAAUGUGCUGUUAUAACUCCCCAGCCGUCGUACUACCCCUGUCCGAACCUUAGAUGGGACACAAGUCACUUCAAGAAGACUGGUGGCUCCCAGAGAAACAACUAUGUCGUCCACCCUGAGUUUGUGUCCGAGACCUAUCCUGACUACCACUGCUGGUAGAAGCCCGGGCUGGCCGGGCCAAGGGGGC